UUGAAACUGACCAAUGGAACAUAAGAAUCAGACAAAAAUGACUGAAUUUCUUUUCUUGGGUCUCACAGAUAUUCUCCAAGAGCAGAUUGUCCUCUUUGUCAUGCUCUUCAUUGUCUAUCUUGUCACCCUGGGGGGUAACAUAGGGAUGAUCAUUCUCAUAUGGACUGAUCUCAGAUUCCACACUCCUAUGUACUUUUUUCUCAGCCACUUGUCCUUUGUAGAUAUUUGUUCCUCUUCUUCCAUUGCCCCCAAGAUGCUGUGUGAUAUCUUUGCAGAGAAAAAAGGUAUCUCUUUCAUGGGUUGUGCUACACAGAUGUGGUUCUCUGGUUUCUUUGUGACAACUGAAUGUUUCCUCCUGGCUUCCAUGGCAUAUGACCGGUAUAUGGCCAUCUGUAAGCCCUUGUUGUAUACACUCAUCAUGUCCUAGAGGGUCUGUGUGCAGCUGGUAGUAGGGCCUUAUGCCAUGGCUCUUCUAAGCACAAUGACCCAUACAAUUCUCACUUUUUGCUUACCCUUCUGUGGUACAAAUAUCAUCAAUCACUUCUUCUGUGACAUUUCACCACUGCUUUCCUUAGCAUGUGCAGACACUUUGAUCAAUAAAUUAGUGCUGUUCAUCUUGGCUGGAGCUGUAGUAAUGCUCAGUGGCUUGAUCAUCAUGGUCUCCUAUGUUUGCAUCCUGGCGGCCAUCUUGAAGAUGCAGACUGCUGAUGGGAGAAGGAAAGCUUUCUCCACCUGCUCUUCUCACCUGGCAGUUGUCUCCAUCCUGUAUGGGACUCUUUUCUUUAUCUAUGUUCAGCCUGGCUCAAGUCCCUCCCUGGAUAUCAAUAAAGUGAUUUCUCUGUUUUAUACCGUGGUGAUCCCCAUGUUGAACCCCCUCAUCUACAGCCUGAGGAACAAGGAGGUAAAAAAUGCACUCAGGAGGAUGUUUGAAAGGAAAAAUUCUCUAAUGGUUUUGGCAAAAUAGUACCCUGCCGUGUUGUACCAUAGAUGUCGGUGCAGGCUGUGUAGGAGAAAGAUCACUGAAGUGGAAAUCAGAAGCUGAAUGUGAAUUUGUCCACUGCCAGGUCAUAAGUGAUUUGAAAAAUGGACUAGUACUUAAAUAUUUUUUCUGCCCCAUCUUGUUGUCUGUG